AUGCAAAAAUUUGAUCCAGUCCGUGUUGAAAAUUUGCUAAACAAGAUUAAUCACUUUGUUGAAUGUUUAUCAUCCUGUUCAAAUAAUGAAAGCAAAUCGUCUAAGUCAGCAGCCUAUCAAACAUUAGAGAAAUGGUAUUCGAAUAUGGUGAAUAAAUUAAAAGAAACAUAUUUGAAAAAACGUGAUGAAAUUGAUCGACUCAAUCGAAAAUUAAAUGAAGAAUAUCAUACCGAUUUAAUUAGUUGUAAAACGUCAUUACAAAAUAUUCAAGAUCGUAUAAAGAAAACAUCAAAUUCAAAUGUUGAUGCUAUUGAACAGCAAGUCAGUUCAUUGCAAAAUCAAAUAGAUAGUUUAAAAAAACGUCCAACAUUAGACAUCAAAACGAAUUUGAUUCCAUCUAUGGAUGACCUUAUUCUUGUUUCGUUACCACUACGUAAGAAAACAGCACAGGAUUAUUUAUUAAAAUCAGAACCGAUAUUCGCAGAAAAUAUACCAUCUGGCACUAGUAUGGCAGCAUCGAAUACUCAUUUACUACUGGCAUCUGACGAUGGAGAAAUAGCUAUUUUUGAUAUGUACGGCAAAAGGCAAAGUAUGAUUUGGAAAACAUUAGUUGAACAAUAUUAUUCCAUUCAUGAAUCAAACAGUAAAUAUCUUAGCGAAGAAGAUCGUCCAACUGAUACAACAUGGUCAUCUUAUCUUCAAUCAUUUUUAAUUUUAUCAAGAAAUAGCUUAUUUACUUUCGAUAUUGAUACAACAAUUAGAAUAACUGAAAAGAUUUCAUUACCAGCCUAUUCAGUAGAGCAGAUAACAUGUUAUUGCAACCAUUUAUUUCUAUGUUAUUCAACUGGAACAUCACAGCUUAUCCAAAAGCGACAGCUUCCAUGGCAAAUGGAUCAACAUACGUCGUGGCCAAAGAAAAAGAUUUGUUCAUCACAUGAUGAUUGGAUUAAAUCAAUUGAAACUAAUGGCAAAUAUCUUGCAAUGAGUAUUAGAAAUGUUGAACGAGAAUGGCGUGUAGAAAUUCGUUCGAUGAACAUGGAACUAGUUCAGGUCAUCUUGUGUACAAAUAUUCAACGUUGUUGUGAAUUAACAGCAGACUGUUACGGUGGAUUUGUUGCGUUUGAGUGGGAUGGAACCAAUUGUAUAUCAAUUAAAAAAGAUGGCUCUCAUCUAAUGAAAACAUUUCAGAAAAAAAUAAAAAAUAUUAUCUACUUUGAUACAAAAUACGUUACAUUACGCACUAAUCAACAAAUAUUACUUUACCAAACGGCUAAAUGA